GGGCUCGUCUAAGGCAUCAGGUGGUCCGGGGCUGGAGGCCUCCCCGGGCAGGACUAUGGACAGCUGAGCUGCAGCUGAGCCAAGAACCACCUCUUUGCAGGAAAACAACCACCUUACUCUCCAUUCCGCUGCCUGAGAUAAUCACAUCCUCCUCGCACUCACCCCAGGCCCCCAUGGAGAGCUCAGAUGUGGAUCUGGACCUCCAGCGGAGCGUGCAUGCUGUUCUCCGAGAGCUCAGCGCCCAGGCCCCUGCCCUGCCGAGCAACCAAGGCAUGUGGAGAUGGUCCCUGCACAAGAAGGUCGAGCGGGAUCCUGGCAAGAGUCCGGCACUGGUCCGCAUCCUGCUCAGAGAACUGGAGAAGGCAGAAAGUGAGGACGCCCGGCAUGUCAUCAUUCCCUUGCUGCACACUCUAAUGUACGUGCUCACUAAGGCCACGGGCAUCACAGAGGAGCUCCACCGGAGGACCUAUGCCUUUUGCACGAGGUUGCUGACCCUGCCCGCCCCCUACUGCACCGUCGCCCUGGAGUGCGCCAUGAGGCUGAAAACGGAGACGGCCGUCCCAGGGACGCUGUACCAGAGGCUGGUCAUUGCCGAGCAGAACCUGACGAGCGAGCUGUACCCCUUCCGGGAGAGAGUGUUCCUCUUCGUGGAUCCUGAGCUGGUGUCUCCCUCCGUGUGCAGCGCCCUGCUGCUGGAGAUCGAGGCGGCCCAGGGGCAGCAGACACCAGAGGCCUGCAUGCGCCACGUGGUCUCCCACGCCCUGCAGGCGGCGCUGGGGGAGGCCUGCGAGGCAGGAGUGCUGCAAAGGAAGCUGCAGACCAGCUCCCGCCGCGCCCUGGAGCGCUAUUUCCACGCCGUGGUGGCAGCCGUGGAGCAGAUGGCCAGCGAGCCCAGCCCGAGCCGGGAGGGCCACCUGGAGAGGCUGGAGGAGAUUUACUGCUCGCUGCUGGGGCCGGCGGAGGCCGCCAGGGGGCGCUGCGGCGGUGACCGCCCCCAGGCCCGGCUGCCAAGCAUCCCUCUGCCCAGCCCCCAUAUCACCUUCCACCUAUGGACCGAUGAGGAGCAGCUCUGGGAGGAACUGGUGCUCUUCCUGCGCCUGCGAUCCCAGCUCCGCCUCAGUGCAGACUUGGAAGCCUUGGAUCUGCAGGGCUUCCUGCCAGACCGGGAGUUGGCCCGGGCGUCCGUGCUGUCCACCGACAGCGGCAUCGAGCGGGACCUUCCUUGGGGGGCCGACGAGCCGCCCACACCCGGCAGCCCCGAGGUGGAGCGAGCCGGGCUGCAGCGCAAAGGGGGCAUCAAGAAGCGGGUGUGGCCCCCGGACAUCCUGAUGCCCAGCAGCUGGGAUGGGCCCCCGGGGCUGCACCGGAGGAUUGGCAGGCCCAGCGGGGAUAGGGAGCUGCUGCCUGGGGUCUCCCGGCUCCACACGGCCCACGUGCUGGUGCUGGGGGAUGACCGGAUGCUGGGGCGCCUGGCCCGGGCCUACCACAGCCUCAGGAAACGAGAGACCCAGAAGUUCUGCCUCACUCCCAGACUCAGCCUGCAGCUCUACUACAUCCCUGUGCUGGCACCUGAGAAGCCCACAGCAUCCAGGCAUUCGGAGCUCGGAGAGUUGGCUGCGUUCCUGGGCCGCGCAGACCCGUGGUACGAGAGCGUCGUCAACACCCUGUGCCCCGCCAUCCGCAAGCUGGCAGAGAUGCCUCUCUCCCUGGACACAUCCCAGACCGUAGACCCCUUCAUCCUGGAUGCCAUCACCUACUAUGUUCGCAUGGGCACCCAACCCAUCUAUUUCCAGAUCUACGCAGUCAAGAUCUUCUUCAGUGACCUGAGCCAAGACCCUGCAGAGGACAUCUUCCUCACAGAGCUCAAAGUCAAGAUCCAAGACUCCAAGUUCCCCAGAGAUAGUCUUUCACCCAGGAGGAGGGGCGUGGCCGAGGGCCCAGGGGCUGAGCUCUCCAUCUGCUACCAGAAGGCCCUGCUCAGCCACCGCACCCGAGAGGUCACCGUCUCCCUGCGGGCCGCUGGGCUGGUCCUGAAGGCCCUUCCAGCCAGUGACACUGAAGGGCCCACCCACUGCCCCCCAACUGCUGCUCCCGAUAUAGACCACACAUGCCUGAAUAUUAGCGUGACAGAGGUUGUCAAGACCUCCAACUUGGCAGGAAGGUCCUUCUCUACGGUGACAAACACCUUCCGGACGGCUGACAUCCAGAUCCAAAGCCAGGACCAGAGGCUGCUGACACUGUUGCUGGACAAGGACAGUUGCCGCAUGUACAGGGACGUGGCCAGGUUCGAGGUUGCUCCCUGCCCAGAGCCGUGUUCUGGGGCCCAGAAAUCCAAGGCGCUGGGGCUCAGCUCACACCAGGAGGAGAUGGAAAGAACCAAAGCCAAGGCCAAGCCCCUUCUAAUGCCCAUCAACACGUUCUCUGGCAUCGUCCAGUGAGCCCAAAGGGGCUGCAGAAUCGCUAAGUCUGAGAGCGGAGGGCCCGAGAGGAAGGAUACACUACCCCACCCGCCCCAAACACUCACACCAACGUCUAGAACAAGGCUCCCUGGGGCGGCUUCCAGGCACACCUAAAAGCCAGCAAGUCCCAGGAGCACAGGGAGCUGGCCGUGGCGGGUGCGACGGAGCAGGGCCCACACGAAGGGCCGAGGAGGCCCUGGCCAAGCCGUGCGUCCAAAGCCCAGCUCCUUGCGCCUGUGUCCACUCCUUCGUGGAUUUCCAAUCCCUGCCUCUCCCACUCAAGCUCCCCACCCGGCCCUUAAAACCAAGGUGAGAGCUGCUGUCCCGUGGCCUGGGGCCCCGUGGCCUGGGGCAAACAGGACGUGGGCAGCAGCAGCCCCUCCCGCCCAGUCUAUUCCCUUCCCUCUAGCGGGCCACUGCCCACCUCGCCCACUCCCAGGCAGGCGUCUCUCCCGGUUGAGAGGAAAUGUCAGAUUCAAAAAAUGCACACUAAAGUCUUUCUGCUCUCACCUAUAUCGAGCAAUACUUGUGUUUUAGUAGAGAGCAGAGGCACUGCGUAGUCUAACAUAAUGACUCUGCUUAGGCCCAGGUAAGGGCUUGGUGAAACAUUCACUGGUGUGUUCCGUCCGCCUGCCCGGCCCCCUCCUCAUUCGCGUUCACUGAGGGCCUCCUGACCAGAGAUGUCCCCGGAACGGAGGGGGGAAUGCAGGCUCAUUUCAGAAGAGCCAGAGGUUAAAGACAUCCAAAUUCUUGGCUUUUGAGUUCAGAUGUUAAGUCCAGAUGUCAUCCAGAUGUUAAGUCCAUACCUAUCACCUGGGCAAUCCCAGGGGAUGGUGGCAGUGGGAUGGAAGAGUUCCUUCCAAGUUUGGGACCCAAGAGUGGAGAGGUAGGCACUUCCCUUUUGGCCUUAUUGCCCUGGGAGGGGAGACAAGUCUCAGAGCACAUUCUCAGAGCCUAGGGGCAUGGUGUAAGAGGGGCUGCCUGGGGGCCUAGGCAGAUGGGCCCAAGAGCAAGUUUAAAGAGAGUCCCCGUGCCUCUGUGGGCACGGGAAGCAGGUACGGUUUUCCCCAGGUAGUUGAAAGCAAACAAGCCCAAGUUAAGAGGUGCAGCCGUGAGUGGCUACAGGGACCACAGGACCUGAAGCCUGGAUGUGGACCGCAGGCACCUUGAUGGACACUACGUGGUGAAAUCCCUGCCCCUCAGUGGCGAUCCACCCUGGACAGGUGAAGACCGAGAAGUUGAUGGAUGUGCGGUCCUCCACCGAAGCUGCCCCCGCGGAGCCCAGGGAGGAGAGGGACUAGGGACAGCCCUGAAUGUAACU